UCAAUGACCACGCUCGUAUGAUUUCGACUGUAUGAACUGACGUCUAUUCGUUGUCUGCUCGUGUCAGUGAUGAUUCUUGAACCUUGCUUGUUUCUAGGUGGAGUUUUGCGCGUGUUAGUGUACACCGAAAGCGAUGUCUGUUCACUCAGUGAUGGCAUUAGGGUGUUUCUGAAUUACACCUUCACCGGGCUAAAAGUGAGGGCUUAUGAAUUUGCCUACUUGCUUGGAUAUUGCCUCAAUGUGAAAAAGAGCGAGGAGGGUGAUAAAGGACUUAUCUAUGGACUCAAAAAAUUGACAAAUGCUGAAAACUGAAGAACCCGAUGAGUGGCUUUACCAAUCGUGAUGAGGAUUUGAGCCUCACGCGGGGGUCGAACCCGCAACCUUGAGAUUAAGAGUCUCACGCUCUACCGAUUGAGCUAGCAAGGCGGGUC